AUGGACAAGCUCCCAUCCGAGAUCAUCGACCUCAUCCUCGACCAAUGCCUCAUCCAGCUCACUCGCAAUAAUGUCCUCGAGCUCCGCCUCGUCUGCCGGGCGUUUGACUGCCAUCUCAAGCGAUGGGGUUGCUACAACCUCACCCUCGACUACUGGCGCAUGAUGGACCGGCGGCCCCAGAUCGAAGCCCUCCAGACGAUAGGCUACCACUGCCGGAGCCUGCUCCUGGACUUUGUUCCCCUGCGCGAUGACAGGGAACUCAACUUCAACGAGCAGCUCUUCCGCUACAACCCCGACAUGAUCGAGUUCUGCGACACCCUGCAGCGUGAAUUUUCCAUGCACGAGGGCACCUUCACCGAGUCGGACUUUCUGGACACCCUCGGCCAAGUCCUCUUCUACUGCCGCUCGACCCACAUGGUCCGACUCGCCCUGCCGUUCCCCAUGAUCCCAGGGCACACCGAGACGGCGACCAGGAUCCUCGCCAACGCGUUCAAGGCCCUGGCGAACCGGCCCGAGGAAGGCUCGGAGCCCCUCGAGGUUCUCGUGAUAGAUCUGGUCCCCGACAUAUCGCUCUGUCACAUGUGGACGAACCCCAGUGACAUUGCCAACGUGUUCACCGUCAUGGCCAAGGUGAAGAACCUCGUCAUCAGCUACCGCCAGAGCGAGACGCUACCAGAGGUCGUGUUGGUGUUUGGUGCCUCGAUAUGGUCCGUCGCGGGCAGCUCCAGCUGCCUGGAAACGCUGUGCCUGAUCGGCAACGUGCACUCGUCGAAUUCGCGGCCCAACAGGACGUGGACCAACAGCAUGGACACCACGCCCGACGAGUGGAGCUGCAAGACGCUCCCGCGAAUCAAGUUCCAAGCAGGGCCCUGGACCACCCUGAGGUGUCUAGAGUUGAGGUCGAUGAACGUGAGCCCCGAGGUCAUGCUCCAGUUGGGCGUCGAGAUGGGCGACACGCUGCAAGAGUUGUAUCUGCACGAUGUCUGGCUCAUGGUGGAUGGGUUGCGCGCUCAUGGCGAGGACGACGCGUGGCUCAAUGACUUGGCGCUCUGGGUCGGCCACCCGGGUCGACGACCGCCUGAGCAUGCCAGCUGGGUCGCCAUGGAGCUGCGCAGCAGGAUGACAGCCCUGCGAAUCUGCCGCGCCUCCUCCCUAGGCUACGAAACCUAUGUAGACAGCGAUCGCGACAGACUGGCGGAUUUUGACCUCCGAGAUCCCUGCGGGCUGGGCCGCACGCUCGCGCAACGCUUCGUCGAAGUCGUCACGGGCUGCGAAGGCCCUCCGGAUAGAGGAACCGGGGAACCCGUCAAGUACCUUCCGGCCGACGCCUCGCACGACCACCUGCUCCACGAGACCAAGCCGCGCCCGUCGCAGGUCGUGGAGUACGAUACGGCUGCGUACCAUUUCUGCGUCGCCAAUCCAACCUCGGUGUGGCUGGAUCGGGGCAUGCACGAGUUCUUUCCGGACAAGACCGAAGCGAGCGCCAAGGCGGUGGACUACUUCACCUCGAACUUUGCGACGGGCAUGCAAGAGCUGAGGAUGAGACUGUUGUCAGAGGCGAGUAGGGAGGGGGCUGCAGCGUGA